AUGGUGACCGACCUCACGCCUUCGACUGGCCUCUGGGUCUAUGCGAUUAUCGGAGCGUCGAUCCAUGGAAGGGGGUGGUGCCUGCGACGUUGGUGCAUCUGGAUAGGGAGGAUGAAACGUCGGGCGUUCAGUGUAACUACUAUGGAAUGGCGCCUGUUGGUUUUGAUCAAGUGGUUUGAUUCGGUGGAAGAUGGGACGAGAGUCGGCCAAAUAUGGCUGGCAAGUCAACCUUUCUACAGCGAACAGUCGUUAUGGCUGUCGUAG